CGCCCGGGAGGCCCCAGGGAGCGGGCGGGGCCGGCGGCCAGCUGCGGGGUCACGUGCCCCGCUCUGACCAAUAGGCGCGCGGCUAGGUUGCGAGCCCAGCCCGCGGGCGGCUCUUGGGUGGUUCUCGGGAUGUCCAACACCAUCAGUGCGGAGAGUCCGUCAGAUGAGUGAGCACAAGGAAGGCCAUGGAGCGCCACGUCCAGCGGGUUCGCGACGCCUUCCGGACCGGCCGGUCCCGACCCCUGGAGUUCCGGUUGCAGCAGCUCCGGGCUCUACGCAGGAUGGUGCAGGAGCGCGAGAAGGACAUCCUGGCGGCCAUCGCCUCCGACUUGAGCAAGAGUGAAUUUAAUGCAUACAGUCACGAAGUCCUUACCAUUCUUGGAGAAAUUGAUCUAGUACUAGAGAAGCUUCCUGAGUGGGUUACUGCUAAACCAGCCCAGAAGAACAUUCUCACCAUGCUGGAUGAGGCCUUUGUUCAACCGGAGCCCUUGGGAGUUGUGCUGAUUAUAGGAGCUUGGAACUACCCCUUUCUUCUCGUCAUUCAGCCACUGAUAGGAGCCAUUGCUGCAGGAAAUGCUGUGAUUGUCAAGCCUUCUGAACUAAGUGAAAAUACAGCCAACAUUGUGGCGAGGCUCCUUCCCCAGUACUUAGAUCAGGACCUGUAUGUUGUCAUUAAUGGCGGUGUUGACGAAACCACAGAGCUUCUGAAGCAACGAUUUGACCACAUUUUCUAUACCGGAAGCACUGCAGUUGGAAAAAUUGUCAUGCAGGCUGCUGCCAAGCACCUGACUCCUGUGACUCUUGAACUGGGAGGCAAGAGCCCCUGUUACAUUGACAGAGACUGUGACCUGGACAUCGCCUGCAGACGCCUAACCUGGGGGAAGUACAUGAACUGCGGCCAAACCUGCAUAGCUCCUGACUAUGUUCUCUGUGAAGCGUCUCUCCAGAACCAAAUCGUGCAGAAGAUUAAAGACAAUGUGAAGGAAUUUUAUGGAGAGAAUAUAAAAGAAUCUCCUGAUUAUGAAAGGAUCGUCAAUCUUCGUCAUUUUAAGAGGCUACUAAGUUUACUUGAAGGACAAAAGAUAGCUUUUGGUGGGGACUCUGAUGAAGCCACCCGCUACAUAGCCCCAACAGUACUUACAGACGUUGAUCCUGAAACCAGGGUGAUGCAAGAGGAAAUUUUUGGACCAAUUCUUCCAAUAGUGCCUGUAAAGAGUGCAGAUGAAGCCAUAAAAUUCAUAAAUGAACGUGAAAAGCCCUUGGCUUUCUAUGUAUUUUCUCGUAACAAUAAGCUUAUCCGACGGAUGAUCGACAGCACGUCCAGCGGCGGUGUCACAGCCAAUGACGUGGUCGUGCACUUCAUACUCAGCUCUCUGCCCUUCGGAGGCGUGGGUUCGAGCGGAAUGGGAGUUUAUCACGGAAAAUAUACUUUCGAUACUUUAUCUCAUUAUCGUGCCUGUUUGUUAAAGAGUUUAAAGACAGAAAGCACUAACAAACUCAGAUAUCCUCCCAACAGCCAGUCAAAGGUGAACUGGGCAAAGUUUUUCCUGUUGAGACGGUUCAACAAAGAGAAGCUCGGCCUCCUGCUCCUUGCUUUGCUGGGCAUCGUGGCCGCUGUACUUGUCAAGGGUGGAUACUACUGAAGAGUGACCCUGUUCAGCCUCCUGGGUGUCUUUGUGGAAUUACUGCUCUGUCGAAUAGUUGAUGAACUGAUAACUUUAAUGUCUUACCAAAAACAGUAAGAAAAUAUGCAGCACUCUAAUCAACCCUAAAAGUCAUUGCCAAACACCUCUAAUGAAACUUCCUAUAUCAGCCAAAGGCACCCCGCCCCCUCAAGUGAGGAGACUUAAGAGAACCUGUUCUAGAUUGUGGUACCCAGAUCUCAGAGCCCUGGGCUAGGGAAAGAGAGUGUCUUAGGCUAAACCCACGCUCCCUGGGGGGCGGAGUCUCAGAACCUGCUCAGUGACUGCCCCGCUCCAGUUCAUGGGCCAUGGGACACCCUGCCCCGUCCUGUCCCGACUGCUGCCUCCAUCACUCUGGGAACUUUGAAGAUCUCGGCACCGCUGGGGUCACAUCAGUCCUGAGCAGUCACAGCGAUGAGGCAGCUCUUCCCAGGCACUAGAACUGCAGGGGGUGGCGGGGGACCCCUGUCCCUCGUCCCUUGGGACCGGAGGACCUGACCUCCAGGAGUUGGCUCUUCUGUCACACGUGCUGCCUGACCAGUGGUUUUCCUCUUUUGUCAUCCACUCACCAUCCUGCCUUGUGUCUGGUUUGUGGCUGUCUCUUGUCCCUGUCCACAAAGGCUCGUGACCGGUAAUACCCGAAGCAUCUUGUGAAUCCUGGUACUUCCUAGAGGACAAUUGCCAGUUUCAUUUAGGUGUCAUCUGUCAUUCUUAUGAUGCAGGAGUUGCAGAAUUCUGCAUCUGACAAAACCUAACUGGCAUUUUUAAAUGUAUUAAUAACAUUACCUACAAUACUUAUUCUCCGUCAGGACCCUGAAGUUGCUAAUGAGUGAUCUCCAAAGGCAAAUCCUUAGUUUUUAUUUCUAUAGCACAAUGCAAAUUGCACUUUUUUAAACUUCAGAGAGGCCCUUUUUGGAAUAAAUUUAACCUACAGAGCUUAACAUGGGGAAACUAUGUACUGUCUGUCAUGGAUAAGAAGCCCUGAAUAUUCAGGAUUUUGGAUCUUGAGAGCCUUGGGGCUGAUGGUGCUCAUUUGGAGAAGGCUGCAGAAGGACUCUGUAAGCCAUAGCAGCUGCCAGCUGAAGGGGAUGGAGGGCAGAGGAAGAUCUGACCACGGCCAGGACCGAAGCACCGCGGCCAGUGGGGAAGCCCUAAGAAGAAUCCGCAGAGGGCGGCCGCCUGCUGGGCGGGGCCCGGCCACUAGCAGCGGCUGCUCCCCCUUUCCCUCUCUUUUGAAAACAGACUCCACCCACACAGUGAGAAUGUAAUGUACUUUAUAGAAUGUAUCAUCAACUUUGUUGAAUGGAUUUGUUCUGGUAAAGUUGUCUAAAGUAUGUUUUGUCUUUAUCACAAGAUGAGGUGGCAAGAAUUAAUCCCUAGACCAGUUUAGGAAAAAGCUGCUUAAACUGUGUCUCUAACUAUCAGAAUAAUUAUUAAAAAGUCCUCAACAAAAUUUCAAUAUGGCAUUCUCAUUUAGCAUAUUGUACAUUAUUAUAAUUUCUAGUUAAACUAAUAAGUAUAUUCUUCAAAAUACAUUAUAGUUGAUAAAAUUGUCAUGAUUUCAUUAACAUUCUUAUUGUGGAACCUCAGAUGUGAUCUUUUAGAAAUAAUUCUUUGAUUAUAAAUUUUCUCCAAUUAUAAAUACACAUUUUGUCUUUAUCAAAGAUGGUUAUUUGUCAA